AUGGAGAACGAGCCGGAGAAGUCGCCAGCUGGGGCUGUGUCGAGUCAGGAGGAGACGCAUCUCCAUACUACAUCCACCACUGGAACGUCUACAAUAACGGCUCCUGAAGCCGAGCCAGGUCCUGGCCCAACGCCAACGGGCCCAGCAGCAACCUCGGAAGACUCGCCUUCACCUGUUCCUCCUCCACCGCAACCACAGCCCUUUCCAUCCCCAUAUACAGGGCACAGUACGUCAUGGACAGGCGCCAGCGUGCCACCCCAAGAAACCCCCAACGUCCGCCAACCCAUCCCUCCUCCUCCCAAAGCAUCAGAAAUGCAUCUCUACAAGGCGUCGACGACAACAACGAAACCGCCGAGCGCACAUAUAGAUACUCAAACACAUGCUCAACACCAUCACAUCCAAACUCUACCACAGCAACAUCAACGCUCAGCAUCAAACCACAGCAAUAAACUGCCCAACCUUGAGCAUCCACCAGGAUACCGCCAGAAUCCCGCCAUCGCCCAGCCGUCACCCGCAACACUCGCUGCAGACGGCGCGGGGUUUGGUACCGGCGAGGGCCCGCAUUUCGGCAUGCGGCAGGUCUGGGACCCAGCGCCCGGUGAAGCGGGAGGACGAUAUGUGUACCAGUAUGACUUCUUUGGCGACGAUGAGGAUCGCGACGGCCAAGCAGCAGAUGAUAGUGAGUGGCUGUGGAAUUCUGCUGCUGGGGCAUGGGAGACAACGCUUUCGUGGAUGAAGAGUGCUGGAGAGAGAAUGGCAGAGGCAGAAGAGGGGAUUUGGAGGUGGGUUAAUUCCCGCUCGUAG